AUUUUCUAAUCAAAGGAGCCCAUUUUUCACGUAACGCAUACAUGUUCAAGUCCUUACAGGAUACGGGUGUGCAGGGUCAUAACACUACACGCAAAAUUGAUAUCGUUCUACUCGUCAGUUUUGGGAACUAAGCUACCUGUUCAAGAGUUUUUAAGCAGAUAAAAUUUACCUGAAUAGUUCUUCUUGUGAAACUGCAACUGGGGCGUGCUGAAAUCUCGUGGGGUGCUUUAAUUUGACAACAAUGCUGCCCUUACCGAGCCUAGCGCUAAACUUGGCAGCGUUGCUCCUGCUUUUGGUAGCCUGCUUCGUAUUUUACGUGAAAAAGACCCAUGUCCACUGGAGGCGCCGGGGUGUACCCUUCCUGGGGCCAACGCAAGAUGUCGUCCUUUCACGACGCAACAAAUCCCUGACGAUCCAAGAGCGUUACCGCCGCCUCGCACCUCAUCCCUGUGGGGGCGUCUGGCUCGCUGCCAAACCCUACCUCAUCGUCCGCGACCCCCAGAUCGUGCAAACGGUGCUCAUCAAAGCCUUCUCGCACUUCACUGAUCGUGGCCUCAUCAUGCCGGAGGAUAUAGACCCUCUCAGCGCCAACCUCUUCAACCUCAGCGGGGACCGCUGGAAGAACAUUCGAAUUAAGCUCAUCCACAGCUUCAGCGCUGUCAAGCUCAAGUCUAUCUUCAUACUUCUAGAGGAGUGCACCAAAGUUCUAGACAAGUACCUGCAGGAGAAGCUGAAGGACGCGCCGGAGCUGGAGGUGCGGGACAUGAUGAUGCGGUUCACGAUCGACGUGAUCGGGACGUGCGCCUUCGGGUUCGACUGCAAGACGAUCUUCGACGCGGAGUCCGAGUUCCGGCGGGUGGGCCUGAAGUUCGCCCCGAACUGGGUGCGGAUGGCCCUCCGCGAGGCGGUCGCCGCCGUCCACCCGCGCAUCGUCUCCUGGCUCAACUGGAAGAACAUCCACCCGGAACUCGAGCACUUCUUCACCCGCGUCACCGAGGACACCGUCCGCGCCCGCAACCAGAGCCCCCUCAAGCGCAAGGACUUCAUGCAGCUCCUCAUCAACGUCCAGGAAGAGGAGAGGAAACUCCUGCAGGGACAGGAUCCCAAGGAUCAAGAGCCCCUGUUCACGGACCAGAUCCUGGCAGGCCAAGUAUUCCUGUUUUUCGUGGCUGGAUUUGAGUCCUCCUCGAUUACACUGAGCUACUGUCUCUACGAGCUGGCGUUGAAUCCCGACAUUAUGGAUAAACUACACGAUGAAAUUCAUCAGGUGCUGGACGCGCGUGAUGGAAAACUUGACUACGACACGUUCAAGGAGAUGCCUUACCUGGAGUGCGUCAUUUAUGAGACACUCCGAAAAUACCCAACGCUCGGCUGGUUGGACAGGAUUUGCACGAAGACUUUCGAGGAUCCGAAUUCAUCUCUGAUCAUCGAUGAAAACACGAAUGUGAUAAUCCCGGUUUACGCGUUGCACCACGACCCACAGUAUUUCCCGAAUCCGCAGAAAUUCGACCCGGAACGGUUUAACGCCGAAAAUAAAUCAAGCAUCGUCCCAGGCACAUACCUUCCCUUCGGUGCUGGACCUAGAAUAUGUGUCGGAAUGCGAUUUGCGUUGUUGGAGAUAAAAGCUGCGCUGACACUGAUCAUCGGAAAAUACACAGUGCACCCAACCGAACGGACGCCAAUACCCGUGAAGUUCCAGCACCGAGCAUUCUUCAACAUCUCCAACCAAGGACUCCACCUCCGAUUUAAGGAAAGGCCGAAGGUGGCUUAAAUGAAUGCCUUCUCACGCACGCCGCACAGUGGAUCGAGUCAAUAGGAGAGGUCGGACAAAAUUUGGAAACUUUAAACGCUUAUAACUCCGUUUCUACAAAGCUCUAAGGCUCCAAAAGUGGUUUCUUCUUGAAAUUUUCUUCCAGAAGCACCCCUUACACUGGAAAAAAACACAUUGGAU